GAGGCGAGUGAUACGGCUGUGAGCUGUCUGACAAACCACCACGGACUUGUCACGAGAAUUUUGUUAAUUCGAGACCUUUAUCGAAUUUACCCAUGUCGCUGCUGAACUGUAUAGACUUGAACGUUUUGAAUGAAUCAAUCUCGUUGUCAUUCAGGACCAUAUGUUGAGAAAACCGAGCGGAGGAAAAAAGGAACGACAGUUUCGGAGGUUGUCAGGACCGGGAGGACGAAAGCGACUAGCUAAUAGUAACUCACAGCUGUGGUGCCAAGAGGGAUAUACACACGCGAAGUGACAUCGUUUACAAAUAGGACACGGAACAGAGGAUAAUCCGGCCGAGGAUAACCUUCUCAAGCUCCUGGCGUCGAGAAGAAGAUAAAUUAGUUGGUUUGGUGCGAAGAUAACACCUGACCACGGCGACGUUGGCCAAAUCUGUCACCUCAAAAUAGAAAGAACAACAAACUAGCGUCCAGCCGCCGUCCAGUGUUUUGAGGAUGAACCACUUAUCCCUCAGCGAGCUAUGUUGCCUGUUCUGCUGUCCACCGUGCCCCAGCAAGAUCGCCUCUAAGCUGGCCUUCCUGCCCCCAGAGCCCACCUACAGCCUCAUGUGUGACGACAGUGGCAGCCGAUGGACGCUGCACCUGUCCGAGCGCGCCGACUGGCAGUACUCGUCCCGUGAGAAGGACGCCAUCGAGUGUUUCAUGACGCGCACCUCGAGAGGUAACCGCAUCGCCUGCAUGUUUGUCCGCUGCUCGCCCAGCGCCCGCUACACACUAUUAUUCUCCCAUGGAAACGCAGUGGACUUGGGCCAGAUGAGCAGCUUCUACAUUGGCCUGGGUUCACGCAUCAACUGCAACGUCUUCUCCUAUGACUACUCGGGUUACGGGGCCAGUUCUGGGAAACCCUCGGAGAAGAACCUGUACGCUGACGUAGACGCUGCCUGGCAGGCACUCCGGUCACGGUAUGGCAUCCGGCCAGAGAAUGUGAUUGUGUACGGCCAGAGCAUUGGCACCGUGCCCUCCGUGGACCUGGCUUCGCGCUAUGAGAGCGCCGCGGUCAUCCUCCACUCCCCGCUCACGUCUGGCAUGAGAGUGGCCUUCCCCGACACCAAGAAGACCUACUGCUUUGACGCCUUCCCAAACAUCGAUAAGAUUUCCAAGGUAACGUCACCAGUGCUGGUGAUCCACGGUACGGAGGACGAGGUCAUCGACUUUUCCCAUGGCCUGGCGCUGUAUGAACGCUGUCAGCGCCCCGUGGAGCCGCUCUGGGUGGAGGGAGCCGGACACAACGACGUGGAGCUCUACGGACAAUACCUGGAGAGACUGAAGCAGUUUGUUGCACAUGAGCUGGUCAACUUGUAGAGGAGCUGGAAAAAAAGGGUGGAGAGGGAAGGAGAGAAGAAAGCAGGAGAGGCUGGAUGAUGGAGGAAGGGGUGCAACGUUUUUUUUUUUUCUUUUUUUGUGUGAAGUGAUGCAGGUAGAAGUGAUGUUUGUCUGUUUCGUUAUUGAAGUUUUGGUGGCAGUCUUCUCUCGUUAUCGAGCACCUCUCCCCCUUGCAGCUCUGUCAGUACCGUCCACUGCACGUGCUGCAGCUGUGAACUUACAAGUACCCGUCAUUUUUUUUUUUGCUUUUAGAUUUUCUUUUUAUCAUGUUAAAAAUUGCACAUUGUGAAAGUGCGUGAAUGAAAGCGGAAGUAGACAUGUGCACAGACAACAUACGGAGUGUACGUGCAGUUUACGAGUGUGUGUGCGUCACAUUUUCGCUGCCUUUUUACACGGCCCACGGUUCCUAACGGAGACCUCUGGUCAGCCCUCGAGGCUUUUGAGGUUCUGAGAAACAGCCUUGCUACUACAAAAACUGGACCAGAAGUGGACCGGACUCUCUCUAAUCCGCCUGAACUCCACCUGACUUUGAGGUCAGGUUUGGUCCCACACACUGCAGUCACCAUGAAUUUCUGUUUUUGGAUUCCUGUUUAUUAUAUUUUUUUAUAUUAUACAUGAUAUUUGCACGUAUCAGCUGUCACUGAAGAACUGUACAAACUGACAAAUUAGUUAGCUGUACCAGUGUUGCCAAAUGUUUAGUAUAAUAUAUUGCAGAGAUUUAGACUCACAAAGAACGCUGUACUUUGUACAAACAACAUCUAGACACUUCUCCAAAGCUCUGUUAGCUGUGUUCAGUCUCUACUUCUCUGUUUAGUCUUAAAAUGGUACAAUUUAAUGUUACAGUUACAAUAUUACGAUGCCAGAUGGGGCUCGGUCAGCAGCUCGUGUAGCUAGUUAAACGGCUGGGGCUGUAGAUCAUUGACCAAUGAAGUGUGGGUCAUUUUCACACGUUUCCACGGCUCUUACUUUGGAGUUUACCUCGAAGUGUUGUUGCUGUAGGAUCAGUAUCACCCCGCUGUAGUCAGUGAGCUUGAUGUUUUCAGAAAAAUGAGAUGCUGGACAGUUUUGUGGACAAAAUAUCUGACCCCUCUUUGGGAAUAACAAGUUUUGGCCUUGAUAUUGCAACUAUUAUGAAACCCAGUGUCGACAGUGUUUUUUCUGUCUUUGGGUCUGAAGUUGAAUAAUGUACGUAGUUAUUACAGAUCUAAUGUACCUGAAUCUGAUCUUUCUAGAUGUAUCUUUUUUUUAUAUAUAUAUAUGAUAAAAAUGUAACUACUGUGACAGCAGAUAACAGUCUGUGCUCUAAGACUUAUACCACUAAUGCCAACUCGGACUGGACGAUGAGCGCUAUUAACACAGCUGAUGUCGACUCAUUUUCAGUUCAGGAAGUUGUUUAAAAAAAAUGAAAAUGUUGUACUUUAAGUUAUUGAGAAGCAUUUACUGCAGUGCAUUUGAGCUGAAAGAUGACUCCAACCUUGGCUGCUCACUCUGAACAUGUGCACUGGGACGGUGGGUUAUGUCAGCGUCAGUGGCUCAGCAUGAAAGGCCUCCAUCGUGGACAGAAUGUUUUGUUUUUGUCUUAACUCCAUCUUUACGUCUGCACGGUAUUUUUUAGAUCCAUUGUUGUCUGUUGAUUUGCUCUUUAAUGCUGAGUGAGGCGAAACAAAGCAUUAGCCAGGUGAUGGCUCCGUUAAGACGCCGUCAGAGCCCUGAAAAGCAGAGGUCAACGUGCGACCGCAUGCCAUGAAUGGCUAGUUUCUCUUAUGUGUUUGGCCUCUAUAACAAACACAGAAUAUUUUUAACAACUGUAUAACACUUGAGCCUGUGUUCACAAAAGGGGUCAAAUACACUCAGUAAGUGACAAUUAACCAAUAAGCCAACGGGUGCUACUGUAAACCUUCAGGUCUGAUUACUUACAGGUUGAGAGGAAGCAAAGAUGGCCUGAUGUUUGUCAGACUGACCAGGAUCCAGAUCAGGAUUAGUAACUGUCAGGUGAUGGUCGCUGUUAUCAAAACUACUUCUUUUUCUCAACUCAUUUGUCUUACAAAGAAGUUAUAGGUUAUGCUUUCUUUCAUUUUCACUUUGUAAAUAAUAUUUGUACUGGACAUGUUGUCAUUUUUUUCUUUUACAAGCUUCUGUCAUCAUCCCUCAACUCUUACUCCUCUAACUCUUGAUAUGACAACUAUUAGACCAAGGUAGGCCAUCAUUUUGGCUUUGCAGAUGACCUUUGUACUGGUCACUUUGACUAAUGUCAUCUCUGAUUUGAUUAGAUUAAUUUUGUACAGCAUAUUUCAAUACGAAAGGAACUUAUAUGUAAUAACAAUAUUAACAUAGUAAUUCUAACAUGGAUGAAGAAAAUAAAAUGGUAUUUGAG